CAAAGAGCGAACAUAAACUCAGCAUAGUAAAAUAGCUAAGGCAAUCGGAGGAAGAAGGAGACGAAGAGGCAAGCAACCGCAGGAAGACGAGAGAGAUGGAUCCGAAGCUCACAGAGGUCGCACAGCUCUUCGAGCGAUUCAAAGCUGCAUUCGUGCGGAACGAUUUCGAUACCUGCUCCAAUUUCCUCUCCCAGCUCAAGGUUAAGCUGACUGAAUUCGGAAGCCUACCACCGUUGUUUCAAAACACACCUAAUGCUGUCAAGGAAUUAACAUUAGCAAGGGAUAUAUAUGAGCAUGCUGUUGUGCUUAGUGUGAAGAUUGAGGACCAGGAUGCAUUUGAAAGGGAUUUCUUUCAGUUGAAGUCUUAUUAUGUAGACGCUCAUGACCGUCUUCCAUCAUCCCCUCAAGAGCACCCAAUUUUAGGUCUCAACCUGUUGAGACUCCUUGUCCAGAAUAGAAUUGCUGAGUUCCACACUGAACUGGAACUUCUUUCAUCUGCUGCUUUGGAGAACCCUUGCAUUAAGCAUGCUGUAGAGCUAGAGCAAUCUUUCAUGGAGGGAGCUUACAACCGUGUGUUGAGCGCUCGUCAGACUGUGCCACACGAGACUUAUGUUUAUUUCAUGGAUCUACUGGCUAAAACAGUCAGGGAUGAGAUAGCCGGAUGCAGCGAGAAGGCAUAUGAUUCACUCUCAAUUAAGGAUGCCCGUCAAAUGUUGCUAUUUCCUUCUGACCGCGAACUUUUGGCAUAUGUCAGUGAGGAUCAUCCUGAGUGGGAGGUGAAGAAUGAUGCUGUCUAUUUCCAGAAGGCAAAGGAGUCUGCACCUUGCAAAGAGAUACCAUCUCUACAACUCAUCAACCAAACUCUCAGCUACGCAAGAGAGUUGGAGCGGAUUGUCUAAAGGAGCUGCUGCUGCUGCAGUCUGGUUGUUUGUUUUGUGAUUCACAACUGUUGCUCUCAUACACUCACUUCCAAAAUUUCUUUUCAAUUCAGUACUGAGCCCAAAACUGUGUACUAUUGUAUUUUAGUUCGACCACUUUGGGUGGCAAUAUUUUUCAGAUUUUUUCUUUCAAUUUCAUUAAUCAGACAGGUUGCUUUACUU